AUGUAUUUUUGGCCCUUAUUUUUUCACGUUCACUGUCUUUGACCGGCCAGAGACUUUAAAACGAGUCCGUACAAGUUCCGUUCAGUUGCAGCCAUGCGCUGCCUCGCCCUCGUCCUCGCCACGCCCGCGCUCGGAUUCGUGCCGCCACUACUACGGAGCCCGCUGCAAGGACCGCUCCGCUCGGACGAGGUCGACGACGCCGACUGCCUCGACGACUGCCUCGCGGAGGACGAGUACGACGAGCCCGUGCCGAGGACGGUGGCCCCGUUGCUGGACGGCCCCGUCUACUCGCUCGCGACGCUCGACGAGGCGGGCGACACGAACAUGAACGUCGUGACGUAUGCGACGCCCGUGGGCAUCCGGCCCGAGCGGAGGUGGGCCCUGAGCCUGUUCAAGAGCACGGUCAGUCGAGCCAACUUUGCGAGGCGGCGGCGCGGCGUGCUGCAGCUGCUGCGGCCGGAGCACGCGCCCCUCGUGUAUGCGCUCGGCGGCACGUCCGCGGCGGACGCGGACAAGGCGGCGGCGUGCUACGGCGCGGGGUUUGCGUGGGAGUCGAGCGACUGGGACGAGCGCGUCCUGCCGAGGUGCGCCGCCUACGUGAGCCUCGAAGCCGUCGGCGAGCCGGUCGAUUGCGGGGACCACGAAGUGUACGUGUGUCGCGUCGUCGACGGCGUGGCCGGGUUCGACGCGUCGCACGCGACGACGGGCGACCUGCGCGAGCGGGGCCUGAUCACGACCGAGGGUCGGGCGCGCGCGCCCGGGGACGUGCCGGCGCCGCGGAAACCGGGGCGCGGCGGCCUCAAGCGCCUGCUGGGCGCGGUCGCGGCGGCGGCCGUCGUGGCGCUGCUCCCGUUGCGAGCGUCCGCGGCGGACUGCCGAACGAAGCCGGGCGCGCUCUGCGCGGCGCUCGCCGGCGCGCAAUCCAUCGUCGACGCGAACUCGUCGGGGCGGUGGGUAGGCGGCACUCCUGCCCCGUCGCGCGUUGAGGCGCCGAAGUAA